GACGCACUUACGUACGGACGUUCGGCGCCACCGAGCUCGAACCAUGCUAGCACGUUUCCUUUGUUGUGAUUAACCGAUUUGCGCUGAUAUUUUCGCUUUAAUCAUUUUUGUUGAGAAAGUGCUUUAGAGAUAACCGGAGAAUGAGUGGCGGAGUGUACGGAGGCGAUGAGGUGGGAGCUCUGGUGUUCGACAUUGGCUCUUAUUCUGUAAGAGCUGGCUACGCAGGAGAAGACUGUCCUAAGGCGGAUUUCCCCACAGUGAUAGGCGUAACUCUUGACCGAGAAGAUGGCAGCACCCCCAUGGAGACAGAUGGUGACAAGAGCAAGCAGAGCGGCACCACUUACUAUAUUGAUACAAAUCAGCUGAGGGUACCCAGAGAAAACAUGGAAGUCAUGUCUCCGCUCAAGAAUGGCAUGAUUGAGGACUGGGACAGUUUUCAGGCCAUUUUAGAUCACACAUACAAGAUGCACUUCAAGUCUGAACCCAGCCUGCAUCCUGUUCUCAUGUCAGAAGCAUCAUGGAACACACGAGCAAAACGAGAAAAACUUACAGAACUAAUGUUUGAGCAUUACAACAUUCCUGCCUUCUUCCUCUGUAAAUCAGCUGUGCUGUCUGCAUUUGCUAAUGGGCGGUCUACUGGUCUGGUCCUGGACAGUGGAGCAACACACACCACUGCAAUUCCAGUGCACGACGGCUACGUCUUGCAGCAAGGCAUUGUCAAAUCACCUCUGGCUGGUGACUUUAUGAGCAUGCAGUGCAGAGAGCUGUUUCAAGAGUUAAGUGUUGAAAUAAUCCCACCCUACAUGAUUGCAUCAAAGGAUCCAGUACGAGAAGGAUCCCCAGCAAGCUGGAAGAAAAAGGAGAAACUACCUCAAGUCACCCGCUCUUGGCAUAACUACAUGUGUAAUUGUGUAAUCCAAGACUUCCAGGCAUCUGUGCUGCAGGUGUCAGAUUCUCCAUAUGAUGAACAAGUCGCUGCUCAAAUGCCCACAGUGCACUAUGAGCUUCCCAACGGCUACAACUGUGACUUUGGGGCUGAGAGGCUAAAGAUUCCAGAAGGGCUGUUUGACCCCUCCAACGCCAAGGGCCUGUCAGGAAACACCAUGUUAGGAGUUGGUCAUGUGGUGACAACCAGUGUAGGGAUGUGCGACAUUGACAUUCGGCCAGGUUUGUAUGGCAGUGUGGUGGUGACUGGAGGUAACACACUCAUUCAGGGCUUCACUGACCGACUAAACAGAGAACUCUCCCAGAAAACACCUCCGAGUAUGAGACUGAAGCUGAUUGCCAACAGUACUACAGUGGAGCGCCGAUUCAGUGCCUGGAUUGGAGGCUCCAUCCUGGCAUCCCUUGGAACCUUCCAGCAGAUGUGGAUUUCCAAACAGGAAUAUGAAGAGGGAGGAAAGCAAUGUGUGGACAGAAAGUGCCCUUGAUUUGAUACCCAGCUCCAACCUUCCUCUCUCCAUUUUUGCCACAUGCUCAACAUGGUCAAGCAUUCACCUCUGACUUGGACUCAGGAACACCCUUCUGUUGUUUGUCAUCUGUUUUUAUAAUUGGUGUUCUAUACACCCAUCGAUGACUAACUGUAGAAACGAUACAUCUAAACUUUUAGGUCCUUUAACAUCAUUUGGUCUGUUGCCUUAUCUGUUGGUGGAAAUUGUCCAAUAGUUCUGGUCAGAUUUUUUUUUUUGAAAAAAAAAAAAAAAAAAAAACUACAAAAUGACCAAAACAUUUUGAUUCGAGCAGACUACUGACGAGGCAAACUUUGUACGACGUGUCUGUUUUGAUGGAAAGAUCAUUGAGUUGGCUGUUUAAAUUUGUCUUAUUUUUAUGCCUUUUGUGUGUGGCAGGUAAACUCGUCUGUGGCUGAUGCCAGACAGUAAUUGCCUGUGCUUUCUCAUGUGUCAACUAAAAUUAAUCUGUAUUUAAUUUUCACUUUUGCUUGCCAUUGGCUACAUGUGGUCUUUUAAAAAAAAUAAAAUCUUUUUUUUUGUUAAA